UGAACGUUGAAGUUGAAGAUAGGCACAGAGAUUUGUGGAUGAUCGAUCUUGAGCGUCUAUGCAUGUGAAGUACGGGGAGUGAUCGACGAGCGUGCAGAGUGGACUAAGUGUACUCGGCGGGCGAGUGAGCGUAGCACCGCCGCUCGCCUCUAUGCACAAAGGGAAACAACGACAGCGCAAUGCAGACGACACAGCUAGCAUGAUGGACGCGAGCAGGCCGCCUGAAACGCAUGCGGAGCCACAUUUGCCCAUAGCAGCCAUAGCAGAGACAUCAGCAGCAGGACCGAGCUCGGCGGGUCGCGGUACUGUUCGGUGUAGGGACUGGGCGGAUGCAAGGAGAGGAAGCGAAGGUCAGUCUGGAGCAGGGACACCGCAAGAGGAACGAUCACGGGUAGACGAUGGGAGCCCUGGAUCGUGCAGAGAAUAUCUUUUGCACGAGUCCUCGGAGUGCGCAGCUACGUCCGAUGGGCAGUCGUCGCGCCUGCCUUUCUCUGCCCCGCCAUCGUCCACUCUUCCUUUGCCUCUUUACCGCGCGACAUCCCUCCCAUCUCCCAACGUGCCUAGCUCUAGCUUCCCCACUAGCUCCGCCCAAUAUUCUGCUAGCCCAAUGUCUCCAGACAUCCUCCUCCCUCUUCUGCGUUGUCCUAUCUGCCGUCCAACUGCCCUCCUCCACAACCCCAUCACUCUUCGAUGCGGUCACACCAUCUGUUCCAACCAUCUUACCGUCCCGUCCAGUUCUUCUUCCUCUUCGCUUUUAGCAUCUCUGCUGCCUUCUGCAAGCAAACAGCCGCCACAAUGUCCCAUACCAACCUGUUCAUCGUCCUCUGUACUUCCUCAAAAACUCCCAGUUCACCCGGAUGCUCAAGUCAAUGUCAUACCUCCUCCCUCUACUGAUCACAAUUCUAUGCGUUCAAGUCUCGAUGAUGAUACCCUCCAUUCCCGCUCAGACGUUACCAUCAACAAGAUUAUAUCCCUCUUAAUUCGCUCUCAGGCUGAUUUCUCUGGCCCCUCCCUUCACCUCGCUGCGCACGGCGACGACGACGAGCGCACUGAUUCCGAAUAUUCCGACGCGGAAGGUGACGAUGACGAUGACGACAGGCGGUAUACCUCAGAUCAUGACCUUGACGAUCGGAUACACGGCCGACCCCACACCUCUCACUACACUUCCCCUCCCGAUCACCCCCCAUCCGCUUCCGCUUCUAGAUCUAGGCGCAGGUCGCUUUCGAGAUCGCCUUCACCAGACAGGCCGAGGAAACGGCCAAGACGGUCUCUUCAUCCAGAUUCCUGUGCAUACAAUCAUGACCACCAUCGAGCUUCUGCUUCUCAUCAACAAGACACACAUCUCGGUGCGGGUGCCCAGUUCGAGAAGGAGCUCAUGGCUGAAGUCACUUGCGAAAUUUGUUUUGCUCUCAUGUGGCAACCUGUCACGACUCCAUGCCAACAUACCUUCUGUACCAAGUGUCUUCACCGGUCUUUAGACCAUAAUCCCUCGUGCCCAUUGUGCCGACGUCCCCUGCCUGGAUACAAUUAUUUUCAGGAUCAUCCUUGUAACAAAGUCAUCUUGGCUAUCAUAUUGAAAGCGUUUCCGGAGGCGUAUGUCUCGAGAGGGAUAGCUAUUGAGGAGGAAGAACAUCGAGCGGGGCUGGAUACACCUGUGUUUGUGUGUCAGCUCAGUUUUCCGGGUAUGCCUGUUCUUCUUAACUUUUAUGAACCGAGAUUUAGACUUAUGCUUAGACGAUGCCUCGAAACUCCUCACCCUCGAUUCGGCAUGAUCCCACCGCCUCGUCCUGCAGCGCCUCCCCCUACGUCUACUUCCACGUCCUCCCGAUCCUCACCUUCUCAUGAAUACGGCACAAUGUUGGAAAUUCGCAACGUGCAGAUGUUAGCAGACGGACAAUGUCGAGUGGAAGCGUGGGGCUCGCAUCGGUUUAGGAUUAUGAGAAAGGGAGAAUUGGACGGGUAUGUGAUUGCGCAAGUGGAGAGGGUUGAUGAUUUAGAGGGAGCGGAAGAAGAUGAGGUCGUUGCGUUGGAUGAUUUGAUUACAGGUCGUCGUGAUGACCAUGACAUCCUAGGAGGUUCCGAGUCGCUUUCGGGUGACGCUAUCACCGAACCUUUGAACUCGACAUCACUUCGGCAUCGGGAUGGACGUCACGAAAGUGUAGAAGGAGGGAGUGUCGGUGAUAGCUCGGGAUCCAGAGAUGGUGAUCUUGAUGAAAAUUCCGCGACCGGUCAGACAUCCAAUUCUCUUCCUGCUUCUCGACCUCGUCAACAGAUACAGGCGCCGACGAAUGAGGAACUCGUGAGGGUCUGUCAUGAGUUUUUGGUUCAACUUCGGGAAGGGACACCGUGGGUCGUUCAGCAGAGGAUUAGUCAAAUGUAUGUGCCUAUGCCGGAGGAUCCUGCGUUGUUUAGUUUUUGGAUGGCUUUGCUGCUCCCCAUCGACGAACAUGAGAAAGCGAAGUUAUUGCCGAUACGGUCCCCGAGGUUACGCUUGCGGCUCAUCGUCCAUUGGAUUGAACAAUUGAACACUCAAUGGUUACGCACAUUCACGGAUUCUUACCCCUUGAACUCUCCUCCCUCUCAGGUGGUUCUCUGGUGGUUGCGUCAUCUCGUAACCAAGAUCUUCCUUUGGUUCGUUUGGCCGAUACUUUUCCCACGUCCGCCUGUGCUUCCUCUUCCAACGUUUCCGGCCACUGGGAGCGAACAACAGCGCGCUGCCGGGCUUCGAGAACAACAACAGGCACAGGCACCGGGACGAGAAGGUGGAAGGAGAUGGCCCAGGGGGUUGCGGAGGUUGGGCGGGUUGGGUAGACGGACGUUGGUUUGGUGGUAUGUCCCGUGUUUGGUCCUUGCACUUGCCUUCGUGAAAGCCCAGAUUGGGAUGUACAUUCGGGACGGCGACUAUCCGUUUCCCGGGGAUAGUAAUGCCACCACCGAAAGUGGACCAUGACUUUUUUUUUGCUACCGUUGUGGGCUGCUCACACUCGGCUUUCUCACUCGGCUUUCUCUGUAUGGAGAGGAUACUGGUGUUCACGUCUUUAUAAUUAUCUUCUACACAUCUAUUCAUGGAUUUACCCGGAUUCUAUCGCGUCAUUGGGGUGUAUCAUAUAUACCUUUAUGCUUGUUGCAUAUGUAUAUUGUUGUAAUCAUUAUCGCUUGCUUCAAACUCUUGGAUGAAUUAGGCGUACAUAUUGGUAUACACACGACAAAGGGAAAUUAUCAAUGAAGCAGGUAUGAAAAUCGAGGCGGGACAAAUAAUAUAAUAGCCAAGGUUCCUAGACAACGGCCUUGCCAGAAGGUCGACGUAACGACGGUGUUAUUACACCAUCGUACCAAGGCACUGGCUACCAAGGAGUCGAACUCUUCUCACCGGCUUCCACUUCCAUCAG